AUGACCCAUGGUAUAAUAUUUUGUUUUAUUUGAUUAGUGCUUUAUUUUGGUAAGACACUUGCCAAUUUGCAAACUGAAAGUCUUCGAAAUCAAUAACAGAUGUACAAUUAUCUAAAAAAGUUUUAGAUUAACAAGAGUAUGUUUCCCAGAAAAUGUAUUUUCUAGUGAUCCAAAGAAAUAGAAUAAAGGUGGAGAACAAUAGCUAACAUUUAUUAAAGUGGUUUGUUGCCAAAAUAUUAUAUUCUUACUUGAUAGUAUUUGAUAAUUCUUCAAUUAGACAAAUCUGAAUUAUGGGCAUUUGGAUCAUCAUAAGAAGGAUAAUUAGGAAUCCGAAUGAGUAGCCUUAUGUAUCCAGUAAACAUAUCAUAAGUGUUAGACAAUAAAAUUAAAUUAAUGACUGCAUCAUAAAAUUUUGUAUCAGUACUUACAAUAAAAAAUCAAUUAUACAUUUGGGGCAAGUAUGAGGAACUAAAUUUAGGAGAUUACAUUAAACCAAAGAAGAUUGAAUUCACAAAGUCACUUGAUAGAAGGUAUGAAUUUAAUUGUUCUGAUAUCACAUACAUUUUAAAAUAACAAUCAGUCUCUUUUAUCAAUGAAGAAAUCUUACAAUUACAAUCAAACAAUAACAUAUUAUAUAUUUUGAGUAAAGAGCAUUUAGAUAUUAUCUCAUAGCAACCACAUAUAAUUGCAUAAAAGUUUGUGGGUAUAGCUUGCAAUUAAAAUCAUGCAUUGGCUUGGGAUGUUGAUGGAAGAGUAUGGAGUUGGGGUUAAUAUAUAGAUGGCAAAUUAGGUUACAUGAGUUUUGAAUAAACAGAAUAAAACUAUCCUAAAGUUAUUGAUACCUUCUAGAAUAGAAUUAUAUAAUGUGCAUGUGGGUUAAAUUAUAGUAUAGCUUUGGAUGUUAAAGGUGAUAUCUAUGGAUGGGGAAAGGGUCCUUUUAAAAUGGAAUUAUUGAAAGCAACUAUUCCAACUAAAUUAAUAUAAAAGAAUAAAUCUUUUGUUAAAGUAGUUGCAGGUGAUGAGCAUUUUGGUGCUUUGGAUAUGAUUGGUCAAUUGUAUGUAUGGGGUUUAAAUCAUAAAAAUUGUUUAGCUUAAUUAGAAGAGGAGAUUCUCACACCUACAUUAUUUUAAUUGGCUGGAAUAAAAAUUAUUGAUGUAGCAAUGGGCCCAUUUUGUACAGUUUUAAUUAUACCAGCAGAUCGUUUACAGAAAUUGCCUAAUCUAAAUUUGGAUUCAUUUACUAUACAAUAAAAGAAAUGUUUCCUUGAGGAAGCUAAUCUUAUUAGAGAUUUUACUGAAAGAAGAAAUAGGUAAACCUUAUCAUCUAUGCUCACUCCAAUUCAAACAAAAAAUCUUAUUUAAGAUGAUACAGAAUUUGAUAAGGCUAAUGAAUUAAUACAUUAAAUGUAAUUACAUUUAGAUUCUCCUCAUUACAAACAUACUUUUAAUACUACUCAUCAUUCUCAUUCCUUAAUUAAUAAUUAUAGUUCCCCUUAUAAAUCUCUGAAGUCCCCCAUUUCUUUUGAUAAAAUUUAAAAUAAAUUAACUAAACUUGAACACAGUAAUCCACUCUAUUUACCAAUUUUACCUCAUUUGUAAUAUACUAAAGCAUCCAUUGAUGAAGAUGUAAAUCUCGAAAAUCUUAUUAGAACAGAUGAUGAUGAAUUGAAAUACAGAUAUAUCUAAUUAGUUAAGUAAAAUAGUGAAGAUUAAAUAUUAAUGUAAUUGUUGGAUGAUUAAUUAAGUGAAAAACCUUAAAAUGAACGUAUCAUUAAUUAAUAAACAAUUAAAAUUAAAUAAAGGACAGAACCAAAAGAAAUUAAAUAUAAUGAUAAAUUUGAUAGACUUGAUCCUCAUUUAUUAUCAAAUGUAAGAAAAGAACUUGCUGAUAUCAGUAAAGAUAGAUGGAAAUAAUAUUAAAAAAAAAAAAAAAUUAAAGAGAAUAAAAUUAAUUUUCUUAAAACUAAAUUUUAAAUGACAAAACUCGAAUAAAUAUCAAAAGAAGAACAAAUUGAAUCCAAUAGAUUACAAGCAGUUGAAAAAAAUAUUAAGGCUUAAUAUACUGUUUUGAGAAAGGAAGAAAAAUUGAAAACAAAAUUGGAAGGGAUUCAAGGUGAAACACAUGAAAAUCAAUAAGAUUUUUAAAUUAAAAAAAGAGUCGAAAUUAAAAAAGAAAUAGCAAGAUAAUAUGCAUUAUAUGCAUUAUUAAAAUAUUUAAAUUUUGAAAGUUUUUGUUAAAUGUUUCAAGAAGCAGGUGAAAGAGGAUUACAAAAAAAGAAAUUAAUGUUCUAAGCUAAUAAUAAAGCAAAAAUUAUACAAAAAGCUAUUCGAAAAAGAAAUAUUAUUAAAGUAAUCAAUAACAAGUUAGGAUCUAAAUCAAGGAAAAUAUUAUUAUCUUUUAUUUUUAGAAUAAGAAUGUCAAUUCGAAUCAAAAAGAAAAGAAUCAUUUUUAGAAAAAUUAAUCUAAAUUAUUUAAAAUCAUCAAUUUUUCUAAAAGUUCGAACAAAUCUUAAUGUAAUGAUUAAGGCUACUAAAAAUAUAUAAUAAUUUUGUAGAUAUUUUAAUCAGAUGAUGAAAAUUUAAUUAAGUUAUUUAAAUUAUAAAUGGGAUGAAUAUAUGAGAUAAGAAUUUAAAGGUAUAAUUAUUGAUAAAGAGAAAGAAGAAUAAAAACUAAAUCAAUUACAAAUUCUAAAUGAAAAAUAAAUAUAAAUAAUGAAAUAAUUAUCAUAUCCUAUAAAAUCUCAAAAAGCUCUCUUAAAAGAAAUUGUAUUGUAUAAAAAACCAAAAUUAAAAAUUGAUAUGUUAAGAUAUAAUCUACUUAAGAAAAUACCCAAUAAAAUUAUUAAUGAAGAUGAGUAAAAAGAGAAGGAAAUAAAAUUAAAUUAUAAUAAUGUACUAUUUCCUUAUACAAAAUAUGUUGAAAAUAUUGUAAUUCCAUAAAAUUUUAGAAUAAGAUUUGACUAUUAAGAAAUUUAACUUUUAAAUGUUUUAGAUAAAAUUAAUUUAGAAGAAUCUAAAUUAAAAUUAGAAAUUUUAUAAAAUUAUUAGAAAUUAUAAAUUAAGAAUCACAUCUAAUAAUGUAUGAAUGUAAUAUUUAUUAUAUUAAGAAUUAGUAUUUCUAAGCACUUCUAGAUUUUAAAUAAAAGAACAAAGUCCUUAUUGCAAAUGAAAGAAUGAAAAUUAUGUCAAAAUUAUCAUCUGAUGAAAUUAAAUAGAUGAAAUAAAAGGAAGAAUAAGAAUUUAGAAUGAUGAUAGAAAAAAGAGAAAUCAAUAUGAAAAGAAGUAAAAUUGCAUCUAUUAUAUAUUAGUUCGAUUAAAUGGUUCUUUGUCUAAAGAGAAUAUUUUCGAUAAAAUUAAAUCAUUUUCAUCUGAUAAUUAUCCAUUCCAAAUGCUUACUUAUAAAUUAGUUGUUUAUCUAAGUCAAAUAGAAUAACCAAAAUUAUAAAUAGAAUUAACACAUAAGGAAUGGAUUAGAUUAAUGAAAAAUUAUCAUUCAGAUUUUAAAAUCAGAUUAUAAUCUAUAAUGAGUGAUGCCAGAAGUGCAGCUGCAUAUAAAGCAAGAUAAAUUAAAAGAGCUCCAACAAUUUAAUUAAAAAGAUCCCCAACAAUGGUAUCAAAGUCAAUUUAAUCCAAAAAAUAAAUUGAUUGA